CACACUUCCGGUGGAAUAAGACUAUAGCAGACAGAGAAGCAGCCCAGCAGUGAGAGGAGGACAGCCCGUCGAACAGGUGACACACUUUGUUUCACAAAGGUGGCCAGCUACAGACGAAGAGCGCGCGAGGACACCUGCAGCAGACACACGCGCCGUGACACCGAGCCAUGGGGAAGAUCAGCUUCCAGCCUGUCGCGGGACAGAAACUGGAGAAGGACAAUGAUGGCGACAAGACCGAAAUCCUCAUCCCUCAUCCGAUGGAUGAGGACGAGCUGGUCCUGCCGCUGCGUCCCAAAAAGUCUCCCCUCAACGGCCUGUGCUGCCUGACGUUUGGCCUGGUUGUGUUCAUGGCUGGUCUGGUUCUUGCCUCCAUUUAUGUCUACCGCUACUACUUCAUUCCUCACAUCCCAGAGGAGAACCUGUUCCACUGCAGGGUGCUCUAUGAAGACUCUGUGUACGCCCCGCUGCAUGGGCGUCAGGAGCUGGAGGAAAACGUCGGCAUCUACUUGGCUGACAACUACGAGAAGAUCACUGUGCCCGUGCCUCACUUUGGAGGCAGCGACCCUGCUGAUAUAAUCCAUGACUUCCACAGAGGACUGACUGCCUACCAUGACAUUGCUCUGGACAAGUGCUACGUUAUUGAGCUCAACACCACCAUCGUGAUGCCUCCCAGCAGCCUUUGGGAGCUCCUCGUCAAUGUGAAGAAGGGGACAUACUUGCCUCAGACCUACAUCAUCCACGAAGAGAUGGUGGUGACUGGCAAAGUGCACAACAUGCGUCAGCUGGGCCCCUUCAUCUACCGCCUGUGCAAGGGGAAGGACACGUACCGCCUGAACCGCAGCGUCACCCGCAGACGCAUCAACAAGCGCGAGGCGAAGGACUGCCACCACAUCCGUCACUUCGAGAAUACAUUCGUGGUGGAGACUGUUAUCUGCGAUGAAGCGUAAACACGACGGUCAUCCGUGUCAUCCCACCCACUCAGAGGCACAACCCCCCCCCUCCCCAGUCACUGUAGCAUCCUCCUGUGGAAACAUGUCUCAGUCGCACUUUACUUUCUUUUCCACUUCCUUUCUCUGUUUACCGUUCUAUCUCCCGUCGGUAUCACUUACCCUGAAGUGUGAUGCAAUACUAAACUGUUCCAUCGCAGGAUUUUCCUUGUAGCAAAGUCCUUUAGCCAAUAAUGAGUCAUAAUUUCCUCUGGGGAGUCGUGUGAUGGUUACUGUCGAUGGGGGAGACGACCGUCUCCAUGUGCCGUCAAGGAGACGGCUCUUUUAGUUUCCCCUGGAGAUUAGUUUGUGUCUCUUAGUUCUGCCGACCAUCGGUGCAAAGCAUGACGCCUCGCUUCUCUGAGCAACACAUCCGUAGAUUUCAGUAGUUUCUCACGUGCUCUGUGCUGUAAACAUGUAACUGCUGAUGACUAGUCGCUUGCAUCUUUAUCCUCUUGCCUGCCUGUUCUACUUUUCCCUCCCCUAAAGUUCGAUAAGGUGACACUGAGCAUAGUCUGCAUUCAUUCUGUAUAGUGCUCUGUCAUAAUUGAAGAUGAUCUGCUUUUCUAUUUCUUCAUCUUCAUCGAUGCUUUUUGUGAAUCAUUUUAAGAUUAAUGUCUUUUGUUUUCACUUGCAUGUGUUAAUCUAUAAGAAGAAGAAAGCAGCACUGUUAGAAUGUUUUGUAAAACCACGUUUAAAGCCUUAGUCCAGAGUCAGAGACUGGACUAAAGUCAAGACUACUGAGAGGGAGCAAAUUAUGGGAUGUUAGUCCAACAAAACAAACUUUGAUCUGUAUAUUUUGUCUGCCGAUGAUUCAUGAAACUGUCUGUGAAUAAAGUAGUGAAAAUAAUGUGUUUUCCUGUCGA